AUGGUUAAUACUACUACUUUUAAUGCCACACAGGUUGCUCCUGUUAUUAAGGAAACCGUCAAACAAAGUUUUGUAUUGAGGAAUUAUUAUCCAACAAUCGAACGUCCAUUCUUUAACAUCUCACUAUGGGAAAACUUCGAUUUUUUGGUAAUUAAACUAUCAAAUGGUAGAUUGGUUCCACAUGAAUUUGAAUUUAUACCUGGUAAACUACCUUUAAGUGAAUUACCACAAGUUUCAUUAGCUAUUCUAAGUUAUUAUAUUAUCAUAUUUGGAGGUAGGUUUCUUCUGAGAAAUACAAAACCAUUAAAAUUACAUGGAAUUUGUCAAUUACAUAAUCUUAUCCUAACAAUAGGUUCAUUCAUCUUAUUGGCCUUGAUGACUGAACAAUUGAUUCCAAUGAUUGCUGUCAAUGGUUUUUAUUAUGCUAUUUGUAAUAUCGGUGCUUGGACUCAACCUAUGGUAACCUUAUAUUACAUGAACUAUAUCUUUAAAUUUUACGAAUUCAUCGACACCGUCUUUUUAACUUUAAAACACAAAAAUUUGACAUUUUUACACACUUAUCAUCAUGGUGCCACUGCGCUCUUAUGUUACACUCAAUUAGUUGGUACAACAUCAAUCUCUUGGGUUCCAAUUACUUUGAAUUUGGGUGUUCAUUGUUUGAUGUACUGGUACUAUUUCUUAGCCUCAAGUGGUAUUAGAGUAUGGUGGAAAGAAUGGGUUACAAGAUUUCAAAUUUUACAAUUUAUCUUAGAUAUCAGUUUCAUUUAUUUUGCUGUUUAUCAAAAGAUAAUCCAUAUGUAUUUACCAUCUUUUCCACAUUGUGGUGAUUGUGUUGGUUCUACACCUGCCACUUUAGCUGGUUGUGCAAUCAUCUCCUCGUAUUUAUUUUUGUUUAUUGGAUUUUACAUUGAAGUUUACAAACAUAAAGGAACUAAGAAAAGUAGAGUUGUUAAUCGUGUUCGUGGUGGUGUUGCUGCUAAAGUCAACAAGUAUGUUAACGUUGACUUACAAAAAACACCAACUCCUUCUCCUUCCCACUCCCCAGAACCAAUUGAUAGAAAGAAAAAAUGA